AUGGGCCAACAGGGACAGGUGGUGAAGAUCAGUCCGAAGAAUGGCAACUCCACUUAUGAAGUUCAGUCAAACAAUUGGGCUGGUGCUGUUAUCACGGCCGCUGCCGGGACUUACCAGGCCGUUACUGGUACAUUCACAGUCCCCAAGCCCUCAGGCUCGGGCUCCGCCGCCAUCUGGGUCGGCAUCGACGGCGCUGGCCCCGACUGCAAGGUCAUACUCCAGACUGGUAUUGUCGCGAACGUCAACAACGGCCAGGUGGCCUACGGUGCCUGGUCCGAGUGGUUCCCCGACCCGUCGAACAGCUUCAGCAACAUCACCUUCGCCACAGGCGACGUCGUCAAGCUGACCGCGACCGCACACUCAAAGACAACGGGCACAGUGACGAUCGAGAACCAGACGAGCGGGCAGAAAGUGUCGCAGGACCUGAGCUCGUCGCAUGCGAUCUGUCAGGAGUACGCGGAGUGGAUAGUCGAGGACUACUCGUCGGGCAAUAGCCAGGUCACGUUUGACAACUUCGGAACUGUCACGUUCACGGACGCACAGGCGACGACGGCCUCCGGCACCGUUGGCGCUGACGGCGCGACGAUCUGGGAUAUCUGGCAGGACAAUGUGCAGCUGACGAAGUCGUCGGUGUCGAACGGCAACGUUGUCAUCAGCCAUACUUGA